AUGAACGCCCUAGUUCUCACGCUCUCCACCAAGUCGGUCAGCCUCAAAUCCGUCCCGACUCCCAACCCAGGGCCAGGCGAGGUCGUCGUGCGAGUGCACGCAAUCGCCCUCAACCCCAUCGACAACCUAUAUGUGCUGGCACCUGUAGCCGAGACCGACCGCGUGAUCGGGACGGACUUUGCUGGCGUCGUUGCGGCAGUUGGCGAGGGUGUGCGCGACCGUAAGGUCGGCGACCGCGUCGCAGGCUUCCAACAAGGCGCAUGUUCGACCAACGAGCUCCCGGGCGCAUUCGCCGACUACGUCGUCUCGGAUUCUGACCUCCUCUGGUCCGUCCCCGCCACCAUGAAUCUCCGCGACGCCGCAGCAGUGAGCAUGUGCGGCCUCACAGCCGCUCAGGGUUUGUUCUAUCGCAUGGGUAUCCCUCUCCCUUCCAACUUCCCUACUCCAAGCAUCAAGCCCGCCUCGCCAAGCCCCGUCUCCACCGAAAACCCCGUCGUGCUGGUAUAUGCCGGCUCCACCAGCCUGGGGAUGUACGCGCUGCAGCUGACUCGCCGCGCCCUCCCCCAGGCCAAGAUCAUUGCGGUUGCGAGUCCCAAGCACGCCAAUUUCCUCACCGCAGCCCCCUACGGUGCCAACCAUGUUGUCGACUACCGCGACGCAGCCUGGCCAGAGGCCGUUCGUGCCCUCGCCCCAGAGGGUGUGACCUACGCCAUGGACUGUAUCUCGGAGGGCGAGACGGCCGAGGGUGUCAGUUCUACCGUCGCCAAAAACGGGCGCAUGGCCAUCUUCCGCAGUCCCCAGGGCGGCGGCUUCCCAGCCGACCUCAGCCCAGCGCCAAUCUACGGUGCGGUGUGGGAGGGACUCGGCCGUGGCAUCGGGUACAACGGCGGCGUGAUCCCCGCCGACCCCACUGCGCGCGCCUUCGCCGUCGCUUUUGAUGAGUAUCUCUCCAAGUACCCGCUUGCGCCUAACCCAAUUCGUCUCCUCAGCGGCGGACUCGAGCGGGUCACGGCCGAGGGCUUUGCGCUCCUCGGUGGCAUUCUGGUCGCUCAGCGCGGCGACGCUGUCAUCGACGGCGUCAAGCUCAAGCCGCUCAGUGGCGAGAAGGCCGUCUUCGAGCUCGUCGCCGAGAAGUAG